AUGUCCUUGAAGUACCGUGUUCGUCAAUUUUCGGCUCCCAUUUCUUCGUUUGUUCUCAAACCCUCCUCCACAAUUUCAACUGGAUUUGUUUCUGGGUCCAUGUCGACUCCUAAACUGGAGAUUUUCGAUCAGCCCAUCUCGAAAUUUCACUCAUUGACACACACAAUCAGUUCAGGUCCUUCGACCCAUCUCAAAAAUCAUGAAAAUCUGAGGAAAUUUAGUGACGAAGCUGCCCCAAGCUUUGAUUCGAGUAAAGAGAUUGAUGAGAUUAAUCUCAAGUUCGCAGAAGCUCGAGAAGAGAUCGAGAUGGCUUUGGAAUCAAAGGAAACGGUUUACUUCGACGAAGAGGCGGAGAGUGCUAGGGAAGCUGUGAAGGUUGUCUUGGAUAUGUUCGAGGGUCUAUUGGCGAAGUUACCUGAGAACGAGAGGGCUUCGGUGCAGAGGUUCAUGGGACUAAAGAUCGAGCAGUUGAAAGCUGAGCUUGAACAGUUGAACGAUUGA